GCGUGUUCUCAUCUCUCUCUCCUCUCUCUUUCUCUCUCCACAUUCACAUUUUCUCUUUUUCCCUCUCUCGUCGCCGGCGGCACCAGAUUCCGGCGAAACGUUACCGUCUCGCCGGAAAAUUCUCCAAAAUCUCCGAUACAUUUCACAUUUUUAUAGAUAUAUUUGAUUGAUCUCUCAUCCAUAAGGAAAAAAAGCUGAAUAAUCAGUUAGGGUUCGUUUUCCGUUAACACUCAAAGAUCGAACUUUUGGUUGAUUUUUUCCCCUAAUGUGGUUGAGAUUUAGGGUUUAUGGUGCUGUUUUGGGAAUCAUCACUCUCUGGAAGAUCUAACUGUUUAAGUUUUGUUUACGUUUCUGAAGGAUCAAAUUUCGUCCUGUUUUCUCUUGGUGCUCAGAUUUGAAGGAAUCAUCACGCUCACUUUCUUUUGUCUUUGAAUUGUGAGUGUUAGAUUAUUUCUUAAACUUAUUUUGGUUUAAUUUCUGACUGGUUUUGGAUACUACAUUAUCGACGAGGGAAAUUCAUUGCUGCCAGACUGAAGGGAACUUACAAGAAAGUAAGAUAAGGUUUUGGGCGGGAUAUGUGCAGAAUAGAGGGAGAAAAGAGUGAAUUUGACGGCAGAGAGAGGAAGAGAAGGAGGUGGGGAUUGAACGUAAUGGGAUUCAAAGCAGCUGCUUUAGGUGAUAGUCGUGUGGAGAAACUGAAAAGUUCUAUGGUGUCGCGGUCUAGAAUGAAGUUAUGGAUGAUAAGGGCAGCAACUUCGAUUUUGUUGUGGACUUGUGUGGUUCAAUUGAUGACUUUAGGGGAGACUUGGGGUCCUAGAGUUUUAAAGGGAUGGCCUUCUUGUUUCUCACAGGAAUCGACUGCUGCAUUUGCUCUCCAAUCGUCGCCGGAGGUCCCUGCCAGAGUUCUUCCACCUAAGAGGGUUUACAAGAAUAAUGGUUACCUUAUGGUUUCAUGCAAUGGAGGGCUGAAUCAAAUGAGGUCUGCGAUAUGUGAUAUGGUUGCUAUUGCAAGAUAUUUGAAUGUGACUCUCAUAGUUCCUGAGCUGGACAAAACCUCGUUUUGGGCUGAUCCAAGUGAAUUUCAAGAUAUUUUCGAUGUUGAUCAUUUUAUAACAUCCUUAAGAGAUGAAGUCCGAAUAUUGAGAGAGCUACCGCCAAGACUUAAGAGGAGAGUGGAGCUAGGAAUGCUUUACACGAUGCCUCCUAUCAGUUGGUCUGAUAUUUCUUACUACCAUAACCAGAUUCUCCCCUUAAUUCAGAAGUACAAAGUUGUUCACUUAAAUAGAACUGAUGCUCGGCUUGCUAAUAAUGGUCAACCGAUGGAAAUGCAAAAACUGCGUUGUCGAGUAAAUUUUGAUGCCUUGAAAUUCACCCCUCAAAUAGAAGAGCUGGGUAGAAAGGUCAUUCGACUUCUCAGGCAAAAGGGUCCUUUCAUGGUUCUCCACCUGAGAUACGAAAUGGAUAUGUUAGCUUUCUCUGGCUGUAGUCAGGGAUGUAACGAGGAUGAGAUUGACGAGUUGACAAGAAUGAGAUAUGCUUAUCCAUGGUGGAAGGAGAAAAUCAUAAAUUCAGAUUUGAAAAGGAGAGACGGUCUCUGUCCUUUGACACCUGAAGAAACUGCCCUUACUUUAAGGGCAUUGGACAUUGAUUCCAGCAUACAAGUUUACAUUGCCGCUGGCGAGAUAUAUGGUGGACGAAGGCGAAUGGCUAGUCUUGCGGCAGCUUAUCCCAAUCUGGUUAGGAAGGAGACACUACUAGAACCUUCCGAUCUUAUGUUCUUUCAGAAUCACUCUUCUCAAAUGGCUGCAUUGGACUAUCUUGUUUCAUUGGAGAGUGACAUCUUUGUUCCUACGUAUGAUGGGAACAUGGCCAAAGUUGUUGAAGGACAUCGCAGAUAUCUUGGCUACAAGAAAACCAUCUUGUUGGACAGAAAGCUUCUAGUGGAUUUGAUAGACCAGCAUACUGCUGGAUCAUUGACAUGGGAUGAGUUCUCUACUGCAGUUAAGCAUGCUCAUGCUGAACGUAUGGGCAACCCAACCAAGAGGUUGGUUAUUCCAGACCGACCCAAAGAAGAGGAUUAUUUCUACUCAAACCCAUGGGAGUGUUUAGAAUCAUCUAAUGAGGAUGAAACACGAAGUAGCAUCAUUUAAAUC